AUGGCUUCCCGCGUCCUCGCCUCCAGAAUGACCACCAUGGCCACUAAGGCCGCUCGUCCUGCCAUGCGGACGGUCGCUGCUAAGCGCACCAUCACCGCUGCCGCCCGCCCGAGCCCGUUCCAGGCCGUCAAGCGCCAGCAGACCCCCAGCCUCCUGGUCCAGGCCGCCACCAAGAACGCCUUCGCUGGCCGCCGCAUGUACAGCUCUGAGAUCGCCAACGCUGCCGUUGAGGUCUCCAAGAACAUUGGUAUGGGCUCUGCCGCCAUUGGUCUGACUGGUGCCGGUAUCGGUAUCGGCCUGGUCUUCGCUGCCCUGAUCCAGGGUGUCGCCCGCAACCCGGCUCUCCGUGGCCAGCUCUUCCAGUACGCCAUUCUGGGUUUCGCCUUCGUCGAGGCCAUUGGUCUGUUCGAUCUGAUGGUUGCCCUCAUGGCCAAGUUCACGUAA